CGGUUUUUUGUGUGGCAAUAAUUAGAGAAAAAUGGCAGACGGAGAAAGUAAAACAUCUUAUGAAGCAGUUCAUCCCUCAGGUGAACCCAACGUGUUGACGAAAACAAUCGAAGGGCUAACUAUAGACGAACCUUCUCAAGAUGAAUUAACUGAAAAUCCACCAGUUGCUGAUACAGAUGCCCUUUCGUCCAGAAUAUCUGGUCAAGAAGAGGAUGAAGAGGAACAACGGGUAUUUCAGGACGAUACCAGUUCAGUUUCAACAUUCCCAGAAAUGGAUGAUAAAGCAGGAAAAUCUGAUGUGUUUACGAAAACAUCCGAAGAGAAAGUGCCAACUACAGAUGAGGCUUCUCGGGAUGAACCAUUCGGACAUCCGCUAGUUGCUGACGAAGAUGCGCCCUCGUCUAGAGUAUCCGGUCCAGAAGAUGAUGGGGACGAAGAUUUACGAGUAUUUCAAGAUGACGCUAGCUCAGUUUCAACAUUCCCAGAAAUGGAUGACAAAGCAGGUAAAUCUGAGGUGUUGACGGAAACAACCGAAGCCAAAGUGCCAACUACAGAUGUAACUUCUCGGGAUGAACCGGUUGAACAUCCGCUAGUUGAUGACAAAGAUGCGGCUUCGUCUAGAGUAUCCAAUCCAGAAGAGGACGAGGAAAUAGAUGACAAAGCAGGAAAACCUGAUGUUUUUAUGAAAACAAACGAAGAGAACGUGCUAACUGCAGAUGAACUUUCUUUCCCGUUAGUUACUGCCAGUGACGCGCAAUUGUCUAGAGUAUCCGAUCCAGAAAAGGAUGGGGAGGAAGUACGCCGUUUUCAAGAUGAUGCCAUCUCGCCUUCAAGAAUCCCAGAAAUCGAGGAUAAAGCAGGAGAACCUAACGUGUUUAUGAAAACAACUGAAGAGAAAACAACUGCAGACGAACCUUCUCGAAAUGAACCAUUUGACAGAGAUGGGCCUUCUUCUAGAGUAUCCGGCCCAGAAAAGGAUGGGGAAGACCUGAUCCAAAUUGAUACUAGUUCAUCUCCUAGAGUAUCCGGUCCAGAAAAGGAUGGGAAAGAUCUGAGCCAAAUUGAUACUAGUUCAUCUCCUAGAGUAUCCGGUCCAGAAAAGAAUGCGGAAGAUCUGAUCCAAAUUGAUACUAGUUCAUCUCCUAGAGUAUCCGGUCCAGAAAAGGAUGGGGAAGGCCUAAUUAAACUUGAUCUCAGUUCAUCACCUAGAGUAUGCGGUUCAGAAAAGAAUGGAGAUCAAAGUUCAUCUCCUAGAGUAUCCGGCCAAAAGGAUGGGGAACACAUAACUCAAAUUGAACACAGUUCUUCAUCAUCCCCAGAAAUAGCUGAUGAAACAGGUCAAAAAAUCAUUACUGAAGCAGAUGUCCACUAUUCAAGUGAGGGUGCUCCCGCCAAAAAACCCAGAAUGGAACCGGACUUUCAAAGAGCGGGUCCCAGCAAACCAAAAGGAAAAUCUAAAUUGUUUACGAAAACCAAUAAGAGGAAACUGUCAAAUACAGAUGAAUCUCCUCGAGAGGAAUCAGCUGAAAGAGAUGCGCCUUCUUCUAGACUACGCGGUCCAGAAAUGCCUGAUGAAGACCUAAUUCAAGUCGUGGCCAGUUCAUCUUCAUCUUCCCCAGAUACGGUUGAUAAAACAGAAAGUCGGCUUGAAACAGUAUCACCCACUGUGAAGCAGUGGUGCAACUUCAAAAAGGAUAAUGCAGAUGCAGUUAUAUUUUUCAAGAAGGGAGAUUUCUAUGAACUUCUACAUAUGGAUGCACUUCUGGCGGUUAAGUUCCUGAAUCUCCCUUUAAUUGAGGUAUGA